CAAUGUAUAUAAACCCGGGGCAGCAAAAAUCUUCAGCUUAGUCUCCGUGUUACCAGCGAUCGUUAGAUCUCGGAGAUUCCAAAUAUUCUGCAAACGCCUGAAAUAAAACCGAGAAGAAUGUAUCGCAAUCUGAUGGUCUGUCUUCUGGCGAUCGGCUGCAGGGGCGCGAUCCUGCCGAGCAGAGAUCAAUUCACCACCGAGCAAGCAGAACAGAAAGAAUCAGUUCACGAGGGGUUGUUCCCUAACUCUCGGACCAGCAACCAGCAACAACCCGACCUGUCCCACGAAAAUCGAGCGUUGAGCAGCAACCAGCACUUCUACCCAAGUUACUCGGAGCACAACAGCGGCUACUCAGCCAGGACAGGAUACGAGGGCUACCUGGUUCCAGUUUUAACGCCGCAAAGGGAGUCUCACUGGGUUACCGAGAUCGCAGCCAGCGUGCUUCCAUUCUCCGCUGAGAUCCUCGUGUACGGAGCGCGAGUCGGGGCUUCGAUUUUGCACCUGCUGUCCACGAUCCUCGUGGGCGGUGCUUUCACGACGAUCGUCUGCACGUUCACCCCGAUCUGCAGCAUCAGCUUCUUCGGAUUCGGCCUCUCUAAACAGCAUGUGAAGGAGCAAGUAGCCGAGCUAGCCCGAGCCUACGUGACUCCCGAAAGCGUGAACGCAGCCACGAUCUUAGCUUCAAGGGCCAUCGAGAAGUACACGGCUCUGCAACGAGAGAAACAGGAAAUUGCAAAACGACCAAUGGAGGAAAGAACGGUCGCCAACGCAACGUGACUUCUCUUACAGCGUGACCUCCCUUAAUCUCCGAUUCGAUGUUUCAUAGGAAAUA